UGCAAUAAAAAUGACCAGUGCACCAGACCCGAAGCUGAAUCAAGGUCGUGCGUAAAAAUCCGAUAAGCACAUUAUUAUUAUAUUUGGCUUUAAACGGCCCUUGUCUCAUCUUGUCAACAUAAUAUGGAACGACUCCUCUCAGAAGAAAUCGUGCCGGACGUUGUUGACAGUUUGCCAACCACUCCGACGACUACACUCCACGUUGAGUACAAUGAUGUAAAGAUCGAGUACGGUAACCAGGUCGAAAUUAGAGCCGUUGAACAUGGGCCGACCAGUGUGAAUUGGAAUCCCGCUGAUCCCCAUGCAUUCUAUUCCAUCUGCCUCACUGAUCCGGAUGCGCCUACCAGAAGUGAUCCAAAAAUGCGGGAACGGGUUCAUUGGUUGGUGGGGAACAUUCCUGGGGAUCGUUGGGAGGCUGGAGAGACGCUGAUUGCAUACGUUCCUUCUUGUCCACCCAAGGCGUCCGGCCUCCAUCGCUACACCUUCGUCCUGCUUCGUCAACCAGGUCGGCUAGAUUUUAGUGGGGAAAAGAAAGUAGACAACUCGAAGGAAUUGUGGGAUCUUCGUCGCUCUUUCUCCAUUCGAAAAUGGGCAAAGAAAUGGGAUUGUGAAGUAAUAGGUGCAAACUUUUAUGUCGCAGAAUGGGAUUUGUGUGCUCAAAGUACGAGAGAUAAGUUGGGUUUGUAGAAAUUUUUAACGUGUGUUUUAAUUAACUAUAACGCUUGACAAUAUAAUUUGUGUGAGGUGAGGAAUAAAUAAAUAAAUAAAUGUUGUUCGGA